UAACAGGGAAGAGAGAGGGGAUGUGUGGGAAAAGCAAUUUACCCCCAAAUAAAUAGAUCGUCUGCUCCUAGGGUUUCGUUCUUUGCUUUGCCGCCGCUCCCAGCGAGAAGUGCUUAGAAACCCUAGCUGACACCAUGUCGCUGGUCGCCAACGAGGAUUUCCAGCAUAUUCUUCGUGUUCUAAACACGAACGUUGAUGGGAAGCAGAAGAUUAUGUUCGCCCUUACCUCCAUCAAAGGUAUUGGCCGCCGCUUCGCCAAUAUUGUUUGCAAGAAGGCCGACGUCGACAUGAACAAAAGGGCUGGCGAGCUUUCUGCUGCUGAACUUGAGAAUCUGAUGACAGUUGUUGCGAAUCCACGCCAGUUCAAGAUUCCUGAUUGGUUCUUGAACAGGAAGAAAGAUUACAAAGAUGGCAGGUAUUCUCAGGUUGUUUCAAAUGCCUUAGACAUGAAACUGAGGGAUGACCUUGAGAGGCUGAAGAAGAUAAGGAACCACCGCGGACUUCGUCACUACUGGGGUCUCCGUGUUCGUGGUCAGCACACAAAGACAACUGGCAGGAGGGGAAAAACUGUUGGUGUUUCGAAGAAACGAUGAGCUCCAGCACAUCUCACUAUGCUCAUCAGCAUUCGGAGAACCUCGAGAACUCUACUUCAAACUUUUAAUUGAUUGUGCUGAAAACGCCUGCUAGUUUAAUCUUUUGUUAAUGUUUUUGGAUGAAAAUUUUGUUUGCCUGCUCGCUCAACAAUCAUUUUGACAAAUGAUACUUCAAUCUGUUUGAUUUGCCUAUAAAAUUCUAUUUGAUCCACAAAUAUGUUACAUUUUUAUUACUCUGAUUACAGUUACAUUACUAGAAGAGCCAAA